CAAACGACCGGAUCUAUUAGUAGCUGACACGAUCACCGGUGGUGAUCAUUUGCUGUUCAUGGACUCUGGGUCAGAAUGGAGACUGUUCCGAAGACUGUUGCACCAGGAAUUCAUGUCAUCGCGAUGCGACAACGUCCAUAUUCAAACACAAAAUGCCGAGGCUGUGCAAAUGCUACGAGACUUUAUAGUCCAUCCAGAUCAAUAUAUGUUACAUGCUAAACGCCACAGUAAUAGUAUUAUCAUGAGCCCCCUCUUCGGGAUACGAACACCAUCAUUCGAUACACCACACAUGCAAAAGCUUUAA